AGGCACAUAUUUCUGAUGCAAGGCACCCACUAAUUGAUAGCUCCUUAGCUAGAUUCUAAAAACUUUGGUUUUUGCAAGUGGCGUGCCAAAAUGGUGAAGAUAGCUGUUGGUACCUUCGACGACUCCUUCAGUGUUGCCUCCCUUAAGUCUUAUCUAGCAGAGUUCAUUGCCACACUGCUUUUCGUGUUUGCUGGUGUUGGAUCAGCCAUCGCUUAUAACGAGAUUACAUCAGAUGCAUCCUUGGAUCCACCGGGUCUGGUGGCAGUAGCUGUGGCCCAUGCAUUUGCACUAUUUGUAGGCGUGGCUGUCGCAGCCAACAUCUCAGGUGGCCAUUUGAACCCAGCUGUCACAUUUGGAUUGGCUAUUGGUGGCAACAUCACACUCCUCACUGGUUUCUUGUACUGGGUUGCCCAAUUGCUCGGCUCAAUCGUCGCAUCUCUCCUCCUCAAUUUUGUAACCGCUAAGAGCAUUCCAACCCAUGGACUGGCUGCUGGCGUGAACGCUUUUCAGGGGGUAGUGUUCGAGAUUGUAGUUACAUUUGCCUUGGUUUACACUGUGUAUGCAACAGCAGCUGACCCCAAAAAGGGCUCACUGGGCAUCAUUGCACCCAUUGCUAUUGGGUUUAUUGUGGGUGCCAAUAUCUUGGCUGCUGGCCCAUUCAGUGGCGGUUCAAUGAACCCGGCACGCUCAUUCGGACCCGCUGUGGUUAGUGGAGACUUCGCUUAUAACUGGAUCUACUGGGUUGGCCCAUUGAUUGGAGGGGGCUUGGCUGGGUUGAUUUACGGUGACAUCUUCAUUGGUUCUUAUGCCCCACCCCCACCCUCUGAAACCUACCCUUAAAUCGACUUCUUAUUCUUGUGUCCUUUCAAGCGUCAACUUUCUUCACCGUUUGCUGUCUUGAACCUGUUGCCUUUUCUUUUUUAACUGUACCUUAAAUUAUCUAUCCACUGCUUGUAAUAAUUCUGUAAAUUAUAAAUCGAAUCAGAUGCAUGAAUCUUUGGAAUGU